GCAGAGUCCGAAGGAGACUCGUACCAACCAGCGGCGGAUUACGGCUUUUUCAAUUCCUUUACCUAUUUUGCUUUUACAACAGUCAGCAUCGACUACUCUAAAAGAUAUGCUGGUGUCAGUUUCAAAGAGCGUGUGCAUUCUGCUCUCCUGCAUGUUGCUGGAACUUGUGUUUUCAGUGCAGAGUCAGAUGUGUGACAUGGUGAAGGAAAUAGAGAAGGAGAAGGACCUGUGUGAGGCUGAGAUUGAGAACAAAACAACAGGUUGCAGUGGGACAUGGGACAAGAUCACCUGCUGGCCCAGUGCUGAUGUUGGCGAGCUGGUCACCAUCCCUUGCCCCAAAUAUCUGUUCUACUUCUCCAGGAAUGUUCCCAGACGUAACCUGUCAAAGACCUGCACAGAGGAUGGCUGGACCUCAAUCAGCUUGGACUCCUACAUAAUGGACUGUGGAUACAAUCCCAACAACACCAUAGAUGAUCAUACGUCGGGAAAAUUCUUUGACGCCAUCAAAGUGGGUUACACCAUUGGUCACAGCGUGUCCCUCAUCUCUCUGACGAUCGCCAUCAUCAUACUGUUUCUCUUUCGGAAGUUGCACUGCACAAGAAACUACAUCCACAUGCAUCUGUUUGUGUCUUUCAUACUGAAAGCUGUUGCUGUUUUAAUGAAGGACGUGAUUCUGUAUGAAGUCGGGGAGACAGACAAUUGCCAGUCACCUGUGAGCUGCAAGGCAGUGGUGGUCUUCUUCCAGUACGGGGUCAUGGCGAGUUACUUCUGGCUGCUGGUGGAGGGCCUUUAUCUUCACACUCUGCUAGCUGUUUCCUUCUUCCCUGAGAGGAAGUACUUCUGGUGGUACAUCUUGAAUGGUUGGGGAGCUCCAACCGUCUUUAUCUCAGCAUGGGUGAUUACAAAGGCUUAUUUAAAUCACCCGGGAUGCUGGGAGAUAAUCGACGACAGCCCAUGGUGGAUCAUCAAAACACCCAUUUUAGUCACCAUACUUGUGAACUUUUUCCUCUUUAUCUGGAUAAUCCGGAUUUUGCGGCAGAAGAUGAAUUGCCCUGACAUCGGAAGAAAGGAAUCCAAUCAGUACUCGAGAUUGGCUAAAUCCACUCUACUGUUGAUACCACUCUUUGGCAUAAACUACAUCAUCUUUGCCUUUAUCCCUGACCACAUCCACCCACAAGUGAGGAUGGUGUUCGACCUUAUUCUGGGGUCAUUUCAGGGUUUUGUCGUUGCAGUUUUGUACUGCUUCAUGAACGGAGAGGUGCAGGCGGAGAUUAAGCGUAAGUGGCGCAGAUGGAUGCUACAGAGGUUCCUGGUUGCUGACACUAAGUACCAGCAGCCCUCCAUAGGCAGCAAUGGCAACAACUUCAGCACCCAGAUCACCAUGUUUACCAAAUGCAGCCCUACAACACGCCGGGCCUCUGAGUGUCAGGAGCACCUCUCUGCCAUCUGAAAGCCAUUUACAGUUAAAACCCUUUCUCUGUUUCAGUCAUAGGGUACUAAGGUGUACAAACAUGCACUGCUGCAAUGCAGUUGACAUUGGUUACUGGGGGUUAAUAUGACAUUUUAGUGCUGAAGCUAAUAUUUUAUCAUUUUAACUAUCUGUUACCUGUCAAAAAAUGAAACGUGAGGAGUGUUUUUCUUGCAGCGACUUACGGAACAUAGCACUUGUUUGGUAAAUGGGUUAAAUAAUAACCUUUAAUUUGCAAAAAAGAACAUUUUCACAGAUUUCUAAAAUGUAGCUUUGAUCACAAUGGAACUUCCAUUGUGUCGUAGGUUGACCGGUCUGAUGUAUGUUUUUAUUACACGUGAGGAGUCAACUUGAACUGGCUUCUGAUAAGUUGUUGAAAAUCAAGUCCCAGAAUAACAUUAACGGAGUCUUUUAUAAAGAACACACUACAGAAUGCUGCAGGGAGAAAGAUCUUCAUGGCCACUAUGUGGAUUAAAUGGAAAUGGAACUCUUGGCCAACAAUUCCCUCUCAUGUUAAGCAAUAGUUGGAUAGAGCCAAAGACAAGCUGUGUCCUAUAAGAAGCAAGGUGUUUAUUAAAAGGCUGUGUUACACAGAUGGAUCAGAGCACUUAACCUAAUGGCCCAUGUUGCUUAGGGGACCAAAAGUAACAGCAUCGAUGACAGUGCCAGGCUGCCAUGAACAGUAAUCAUAGAGGAGGAAUACAUAGCAUAACUUAUGUACUGGACAUCUUAUCCUGUCUAUGACACUUUUAUCGGGGGCAUACACUCUGCUGAAUUACUGCUGAAUAACAUUCCAGAGGAGACUCUAAAGCUCCCGCUUGUAAAAUUUAUCUCAGAUUCCAAAGGCUUUUAGUUUUGUCGCUAAGCACAUGUUCAUUUUUACUGUUUCCACAACUAAUGGACCAGAUGUGUUGCAUUAUUAGUCCACAAUACACAACAUUGUGAAGAAAUAUAUAGUAACACUGAUUAACUUCCAUUUACUGGAUUGCAUGGAUAAUUAAUUUCAUUGCAUUGAGAAAUAGUUUUCUAUUCUAUUUAAUUUAUUCUAUAUUUACAGAUUAAAUUAAUACAAUUAUUAUUGUACCCUACUCUAGCAUAUACUGUAUAUAUGUAUACAGGUGUACAGGCCAAAGGUUUGGACACACCUUCUCAAUCAACAUGAAUGAAUGACUGAACACAUGUGGAAUUAUGUACUUAACAAAAAAGUGUGAAAUAACUGAAAACAUGUCUUAUAUUCUAGUUUCUUCAAAGUAGCCUCCCUUUGCUUUUUUGAUAGUGCUGCAAACCCUUGGUGUUCUCUCAAUG